AUGCUGACUAACCGUCUCCGCCCCCCUAUGAUGAGAAAAAGCUUUCCGAGUGGACGAGGACCGAUCUUCUCUUUCUUUAGUCUUGCUCGUCUUAUGGCAUUAGCCUUUGCGGAUUCCUUAAUCCGCGGGACAGCUGUCUCGGCACAUGUCAAUCCUUAUGUCCCCAGCGAGCAGGUCAAGAGAGCUCGUAGGCCUGAUUCUUUGGAUCAAAGUAGCGACGAGCCGACUACUACGACCACAUGCGCAUCUAGCGCAGUGGCUUGUCACUUCGUACCUUGA